AUGCUCGCCGCGGACCCCACCGUCGCGCUCCGAAUACCCGUUCGCAACCCGACCCGAUCACUGUUCACCUCCACCAGCACUUGCUGCUUCGAUUCACGAGUAACACGAUCGAGACCCAGCUUCUCCGCGGGUCCCACUCUUUCCCUCAAUUCUAUCAAAAUGCAACUGCUCCGCCGAACCGGUUACUUCAGUAGCCCUCGUCUUAAGGUUGACGCCGAAAUCGGCGGUGAAGAGAUCUUCAACGCUGAUGCCACGGAUAAACGAGCUCCGAAUCACCUUAUUAUCAUGGUUAAUGGUAUAACUGGAAGUGCUUCUGAUUGGAGAUAUGCUGCUGAGCAAUUUGUGAAGAGGCUUCCAGAUAAAGUUAUUGUGCACCGCAGUGAAUGCAAUUCUUCAAGAUUGACGUUUGAUGGUGUUGACACCAUGGGUGAGAGGCUAGCUGAAGAGGUACUAUUGGUUGCUAGACGAUGGCCAGAGGUGCAGAAGAUAUCCUUUGUCGCACAUUCUUUAGGAGGCUUGGUUGCAAGAUAUGCAAUUGGGAGACUUUAUGAUAAUUCUUCAAAAUUAGAACGUGUUGGUACCACCAGAAACUGUUUCAAUGAAGAGAACACAGAGUAUUCAAAGCAGUGUCUUAAACAGAGUUAUGAAGCCAAAAUUGCUGGUUUAGAGCCAAUGAACUUUAUAACAUUCGCAACACCUCACCUCGGUUCAAGAGGAAAUAAACAGCUUCCCUUACUCUGCGGUCUUCCUUUUCUUGAGAGAAGAGCAUCUCAAACUGCACACUUAGUUGCCGGGAGAUCUGGGAAGCAUCUCUUCCUCAUGGACAGUGAUGGUGGAAAACCUCCUCUACUCCUGCGGAUGGUUGAUGAUUCAGACGAUUUAAAAUUUAUGUCAGCUUUACAUGCAUUCAAGCGUCGGGUGGCAUAUGCAAAUGCGAAUUAUGAUCAGAUGGUUGGAUGGCGUACCUCAUCGAUUCGCCGUCAACAUGAACUUCCAAAGUCCAAUCUUAUUGUAAAUGAUGAAAAAUACCCACACAUUGUUUAUGUUGAAGGAGAUAACACCAACGGCAUUUACAAUACAGAGUCUUCAAAUGUUGGAGGCCAAACAGCUGACUUAGAAGAAAAGAUGAUAAGGGGUCUUACUAAGGUAUCUUGGGAGCGCGUGGAUGUUAGCUUUCAGACAAGUAAACAACGAUAUGUUGCUCACAGUACAAUUCAGGUGAAAACGUACUGGUUGAAUUCAGAUGGUGCUGAUGUGGUUUACCAUAUGAUAGACAACUUCCAUCUUUAA